AUGAAUACUGACGUGGUUAUUGUUGGCGGUGGCCCGUCAGGCCUGACACUAGGGCUUGCUUUGGCAAGGCACCAGGUUAAGUCCAUUAUUCUUGAGAAAGAGCAUGAUAUCACCCAGGACCCCCGAGGAGUCGUACUCACAGGUGAUGCUCUUCGGAGUCUAUGGACACUAGGACUGGGAAAGCACGUCUCCUGGAUAGGACAGGAGCUGCACUCCCUCAAUUUUCACACCACUACCUAUCAGAACGAGCCUUUCUAUAUAACCAGGCUUGACUCGGACGAGCUCGAACAUGCUCUGCCGAGUACCAUCUUGCAGAGUCAACCGCGACUGGAGUAUUUCCUCAGGCAAUUGGUGGCCUCCUCAGAAUAUUGCACCCUCCAAUCAUCCUGUGAAGUUAUUGGACGUGACGAGCACGUGAACGGGGUGACUGUCCACUACCUCGAUAGCAACAAAACACCUAGCCAAAUCCACGCCGCCUGGUUGGUCGGGGCUGAUGGGAAAAGAGGCAUCGUCCGCAAGCAUUUCCUCGAGCCGUCCGCGGGUGUCCGUCAGGAAUCCGGGAUCUUCGAGUACGAAGGCACUUGGAUAGCAGCCAAUCUCAAAAUCACUCUCCCCACGCCGCAAAGCCAUCCAGAUCUUCCUCUCUGGGCAGCUGGACAUAAUCCAGAGUCGGUAUAUGACCUCUUUUGGCCGGCGAACUGGCACUUCUGCCGUCCCCCAGGGAAACCCAUUGCCUGUGGUCGAUUUGGUCCGCAUUCGGAUCGACUGUGGCGUCAUGAAUUCGCGGUCCCAGAGUGGAAUGACUCCAUGGAUGCAAGUGCCAUUUUCUGGGAGAAUCUGAACCCGCUCAUCACCCGGAAAAUCCGGCCGCUUCACGGCGGUUGUCCCGUGGAGGCGACUUUUCCUCGGGAUUGUAUUGAGGUUCUUCGCUGUCGUCCAUUCCGCUUCAGUCACCGCGUGGUUAAUAAAUGGUUCGCCGAACGGACCAUGCUGAUUGGAGACGCGGCGCACGUCUUCCCGCCGUUUGGCGGGCAAGGGGUAGCAUGUGGGGUUCAGGAUGCGGUCGGACUAGCCUGGAGAUUGGCGAUUCUCACCAAGGUUGGCUCACUUGCCCACUCGCAGGCUCGACAACAAGGACUUCUUCAGUCCUGGGCGGAUGAACGUCGAUUGGGCACUGACAAUUCGGCCCGACUGACCCGGCAAAACGGUGAGUUGUGUAACAAAGAAGACUCAUGGUCGUUAUCGGUGCAGCUCGCCUGCGUGAACAUUAUCCAGGGUUUCCUCGGGGCCCUGGGUAUGCGAUUCAGUGCGUUUGGGGCAGACAGCCAAGGGUACCGUGGUUGUGACCGUGGUGGCUUCACUACGGAGCACGGCGGAGGGAUCAAGCUGGGCCAGGUCUAUGUUCAAACGCGUCUUCCUGAUAGCCCUACCCUGAAGAUUGAGCUGUCUGACCAGGCGUUGCGCCGCGUUCCCACUGUUUUGACUCUUCUUGUCGUCGCAACCCCAAAGUGGUCUGAAUCAGAGCAGGAAGUGGUCACUCUACUUCGGGUGCUUCGGCAGUCUGGAAUAGACCCUGCUGUGUUAUCGGAGAGAUCACUUGUGCAGUUCGAUCCUUCCGACUCCUUGGACCACCUUCCCGGUGUGAGUCGGUGGCCCGUUUGUCGUAUCGCCUCUGCGGACCUUCUUAUUGGCUACCCCGUCCGGCCAGGAUAUAGCUCCAGCCAAUUCAUGCGUCGCCUUGGUAACUCUCGCGCUCGAUAUGUGAUUGUCAGGCCGGAUAACAUUGUUAUUGCCAUGAGCAGAGACCUAGGUGGUCUGAAGAAUUGCUUGGACGCGCUGGAAAGGAGUCUUUCUUAA